AUGGCGCAGGGGCAGCGUAAGUUCCAGGCGCGGAAACCGGCGAAGAGCAAGACAGCGGCGACAGCCUCGGAGCGGAACCGGGGCCCGAGGAAGGGCGGUCUCGUUAUCGCACCCAAGAAGGCACGCAUCGUGCAACAGCAGAAGCUCAAGAAGAACCUGGAGGUCGGGAUCCGAAAGAAGAUUGAACAUGAUGUGCUGAUGAAAGCCAGCACCAGUCUGCCCAAGAAGCUGGCACUGUUGAAGGCCCCCACCCAAAAGAAGGCAGCAGCCCCCUCCUCCACCAAGACGCCUUCCUAA